UGUAUUUAAUCUCUCCAUUGCAGGCGUAUGUUUGACAAAUUGUCAAAGGAGACGAUUCGCACACGCGGCGCUUCAACGGGCAAGCUGGACAUCAUUCGCAAUGUGAACGAGAUGCCCUCACGCAAGGAGUUCAAUGAUCUCUACAAGAUCAAUAAGCAGUUGAACCAGAAAGGCAUUCGACCCACCUUCGCUGCGGAUGGCACGGGAUUGAUAUUGAACAACGAGGUGAAGACCACAGGAGCCGAACUGCGAGCUAACUUGCAGCACAAUAAGGGACCCGAUGUGCUAGGCAAGGUGACGCAGUCAAUUCCAGAGAGCCACAAAGUGAAUGGAGUGCGAUCUAUUCCGGCCGCAGCCCUCAGAGGUGAUGCCUGGCUAAGCGCACCAACAAAUCCAUCGCUCGCCAAUCAAUUGGACCGAACGCACAGCAAUUAUGGCGAAGGCAUUGAUAUAUUGAGGCUCAGCAGUCUGGUGUGCGAUGGCGUCAGGAUCGCCCUUUCCAGCUAUGGACCAUCGAUAUUCGAGCAUAUUGUGAAUGCGGAGAGCUUCGAAACAGCUCUGCUCUCCUUGGCGGAUGUUCUGCCAGAGGCUGGAAUGAGAUUCGUACUGAAUAUGACGGAAAUAUUCAUGCAAGAUAUGUGGCAAGAUCUAUAUGAUGUACUGCAUUUCUAUCUGGCCAGCGAAACGGUGCUCUAUCAAAUUGGUACAAGAGUUUUGGACUAUUACAGCGGAUAUACGAUUACGGAGCUGCAUGACAAUGUUUCCGAUAUAUUGGCCGCUGCUCGCAACUACUUUUUGUCACUAAAUCCGAAUAGUAAUGACUCGCCCAAGAAAUGCGAUGUCUGUCCGGGCUACUAUAGCAUAUGUGAUCUAUAAACUGGGCACAAAGCGAAAGAAACCAAGGCACAAAGAGCUUAACACAAAUUAAAGGAAUAAAAAUAAACAUUUUAAAUAAAUAUUCAAAUAUUCAAUUUUGUA